AUGGAAGGAGAUUCGGGCCGAGGCGCUUCCGAGGAAGUUUUGCUCUCGGGCGUCUUUCGCCUCGUCCCUUCUCUGAAGGUGAACUGUGCCCUGAGCCUCACAAGCGGCUCGGAGCUGCUGGUGCGCCGGCUGGACUCGGCCGGCCGGAGCAGCAACGCGGGCAGCGCGCUGAGCCUCUCCACUUGCGUGGGCUGCUACGCUUUCCAAAGCAGGAGCGCCUCGAAGCAGCCGGCGGCCGCCUACUUCUGCGUCGUUUGCUACCCUUUCAAGAAGGGCUGGUGGUACCGCGGGGAAUCUCGGCAGAAGGUAGCGAAGACCUUUUGCGUCUUGGCGUCGCAGGACGCCGAAGAGAACCGGCACGUUGCCGAGACCUGGGUGAGGGCGAUCCGAGAGCUCUCGGCCCCCCAUCUGGAAGGAGGAAUACAUGGGUUACUUCCUCAGAAGUGCCAGGUGAUGGUGCUGCUGAACCCACGGAGUGGAGCAGGAGAGGCCCUGCGUCUGUUCACCUCUCAAGUUCAGCCGAUGCUGGCAGAAGCCAGCAUAGGAUUCCAUAAGUUUGUCACGGAGAAACAUAAUCAUGCUUGGGAUUUGGCAAGAGAGGAGGACAUGUCCAAAUGGGACGCCAUGGUCAUUAUGGCUGGAGACGGCUUGCUUCAUGAGGUGAUCAAUGGCCUGAUGGAGCGUCCUGACUGGAAGACUGCGAUCCAGAAACCUCUCUGCAUUCUCCCAGGAGGCUCUGGGAACGCUUUAGCUGCUUCACUUAAUCACUAUGCUAGCAAAAGUCAUGUGGCAAAGGAGGAACUGUUGAUGAAUUGCACCUACUUCUUAUGCAAAGGCCUGCAUGCUCCCAUGGACCUCGUCUCCCUCCGCACGGCCUCAGGCAAGCGUCUCUUCUCCUUCCUUAGCUUUGGCUGGGGUUUUGUCUCUGAUGUGGACAUUACCAGCGAGAGGUACCGUAAAUUGGGUAGUGCCCGUUUUACAGUGGGCACGUUCCAACUCCUUACUUCACUCCAAGUUUACAAGGGCCGCCUCUCCUACCUGCCAGCUGAAGUACAAAGCUCUGCCUCAAAUUCCUUGCCUCCCAUAGGGGUGAAUACCAGCCCCUCACCUCAACAUCCUCACCAGGUCUCCACUGCUGUCCACACCCUCCCUCAGUCUGCAUCUUCCCUCCUGAAGGAGGAUUCUGUGCUGGAAGACUCCUUGUUGGUACCCUUUGAGCAGCCAGUUCCCAAGCACUGGACUGUCGUCCCCGAGGAGGAAUUUGUUUCUAUAGUUGGCAUUCAGCAGUCCCACCUGGGAACAGACUUUAUUAUAGCUCCCACGGCCAAGCUGUUUGAUGAUGCCAUCCAUCUCUUCUAUGUAACUGCUGGCAUUUCCCGGAUGGGAAUGCUCAGGUUAUUCAUGGCCGUGGAGAAAGGGAGCCAGUUGACUCUUAACCAACCCCAUGUCCACUGCGUGCCUGUGAAAGCCUUUCGGCUGGAGCCCCUGGAGCCCAAGGGGUUUAUGACAGUAGACGGCGAGGUGUUGACAUGUGAGCCGGUGCAAGGACAAAUACACCACCGGCUAGCCCGUAUUAUUAGUGGCUCCUGAAUGAGCAUCAGGAAGAAACGGUGGAAAGGGUUUUUGUGACAGCACUGUGACAUUCUGGAAAGUUGUGAAGAAAUCUCCAAAUGCUGCAUCUACUGCAUUCAAAACACCAUCAGCAUUGUUCACAGGGAUAAUCCUCAGGGAGAGCUUGUCUUUUUCUGCAACUUUUAACUGCGAUGCAAGUAGCGGAGGAGCUUGUCUUGCCCAUGACUUCUUCCUAAACUGCUAUGCAGUGAAAGGCAACUUUAGAGUCUCCUUGCUCUCUGCAUUACUCUAGCAGAAGGAUGCCUUCAAACUAAACCAAAGCCACUUCCCCUUCUGUCUGGAUAAAGAUGUCUUAAUCCUUUGCCACUCGAAGGACCAAUUUUAUGAUUUUGUAAGGAAUAUAAAACACAUACAUGCCUUGUGUGUAGUUGCUUAUAUUCCCAUGGAGAAAUGAAAGUCCUAUUUUGAAAAAAAGUAAUGUCUGUUAUCGAUGCUGUGAUUUUGGAUUGCUCUUAUCAAAAGGCAAAGCACUUAAUGUAACAUUUCACCCUCUUUAUCAUUCAAAUGCAGGUAGGUUAAUUGAAACAAAACCGGCUAACCUUCCCCAGGACACAACAGUUCUUCAAUGAGAUGCACAUUUGAUUAGGCAACUCCUAGGUUAUUUCUAUAAAAGUCCAAAGUGGCACCUUUAUGUA